AUUACUUCCUACUUUGCGUCUCCAGUGGCAACGCACAUCGCGCUUUACGUCCAGAUGAAACACACCCAUAACUAACGUAAAACACCGACGUGACGACACCUCACCACGCACGAUUGGGUUCUUUUCUUAAAUGUCUCUGGCUUUAGGCCUUUAACUUAAAAAUAUUACGCGACAUUUUGUCACUGUCUACUUACAGGGGAUGAACUUAUUCAGCAAAAAAAAGGAAGAGGAGAUGGCCAAAAAUAAAGCAAAGAUCAACAGCAGUGUCAGCCCAGCUCCACCUCAGACUCGGUCACACAGGUCAAGGAAAAGGGCAUGUCCAAGUGAUGAAGUCUCAGAGAUUGAGGAUGUUCAGGGUGCACUUCAUCCUCAGAACACCGAAGGAGAUAAUACAGCAAUGGAUGCUGCUCUGCUACAGGGACACCAGCCCCCUCUGCAGGAAUCUAUUAUGAUUUCAGCUCAACAGCAUGAGGCAGCAGAGCAGUCCUGUCUCACCAAACAAGAUACUGACACACAUAAAAAACAUACAGAUGCAACAGAUGUUUACUUAAAUGGGACAGGUAAAGCUUUUGAAGAAGAGACUUCAGUCACCAAUCCCAACAAUGAUUCUCAGCCAGAGGGCUUAAGCGUGCAUGCUGAUGAUGGUGCCACCAGGAGUGCCAAGGGCACGGAUGAAAUGACUGCAGAGGAAUGCAGCAGAUCACCAUCUCAAACAUGCACUGAUCAACUUGAGGUCUUCUUGCCAAUCUCUGAAGAAGGUGAUGGAACUGCUAUGGAGAAGCAACUGGUUGCAGAAGAUAACUCUAAAUACAAUUUGGAGAAAAACCAAGAAACCAGCCAAGCAGAACCCAGCAAUGUGCAAAUGGACAAUGUCAAGGAAAUCACAAAGGACGCAGCAGUGGGCUUACCGGCCAAAAAGAAGCGAAGGAUGGGUAUGUGUGGUCUGACAGAGAGGGAGCGGAGUCACUUUUUACAGACACAAAAACGUGAGACCGGGCAGAGUGGACCAGAGAGAGCUGAGAAGCAGAUUUGUAAUGACGGAGCUGACCAUGUGGCUCUGGAAAAGGUUGUAUCUUCAACCCCAGUAGGCUGUGUCACAGAGCAGAGCGAGGCAGAGAUAAAACUUCAGUCCAGUCACUGUGGAGAGGAUGACAGGGCAGAAACUGAAGUCCACAUUGCUGUCCCUACCUCAGAUGGGACCGGCACAGUGUGUGAUCCGGGUUGUGAGGUUGAAGGAGGCAAAGUGCUUGAUCCAGAGCAAACUGGUGACACAAAGUCAGACCCACCUGCAGAGGAGCUUUUUGUGAAUCAGGAGCAGCAGGAACUUGAGGGAUGCACAGCUGAGAUUGUGGCUCAAAAACCUCAGGAGAAAAUAAAAGAUGGAGAAGAUGGGUCAGCACUAGUAGACCAAAGUCCUGCCUGCAUCUUUGACUCUAAUCCAACUCCAAAUCAGGAGACUGAGUGCCAGGAUGCAAUUGAGGCUGCCGUUCUUCAAGUGAAGAGUGCAACCAGGGCAAAAGAUGAGAGGGAAGAGUCGGCUGUUGAUGCUGGGGACAGUGAUGGACCUGAAGCAGACGCUUCAUCCACAGACACCCAGUCAGCAGAAUCUAACGCUGUGGAGCUGUGCAAGGCUGCAGUGACACCCAGUGGCUCAGAGAGGAAAGAUAGUGGGGCUAGUGUUGAUAAAUCUGAGCCCACUCAGACAAGGGACACUGCUGACCCGUUUGGAUCUGGGUACUUGGAUUACGUGUCAGACUCACAGCUGAACACCAUCGUUCUGACUGAGGUGAUGGAGAAAGAGGAAGAUCUUGGUUCUCCAGACUGUCAGGAAGAUGCUACAGACCUGAUCUGUGGACUCGUCAGAGAACUCUCCUCUCUCAAUCGAAAGGUCAUGGCCACUCACAGAGAGCUGGAGAACCUGCGCCGUAGCAGUAAAGCUUCAAGGAGCUCCAUUCGUUGAGGAUUCGUUUCAAGUCCCUGCCCUCCUAAGCUUACUAUUGCCCUAAUGGUUUGUGGGUAAUGAAGGCACUUUAGAAAGUUAAUAUACAUUUUUUACUCUUCUUGUACUAUUGACAGCUGGAAUGUUCAGUUUAAUAGCUCAGUUGUCCACUUGUUCUCCCCAAAUAAAGCUGUGUGUUGCUUAUUACGUCA